AAAAAGAUGGUUAAAUUCUGGGUGUUUCAAACAAGACAAAUAUUGAUAGUGUGAGUCUGACCCCAGAAAAUAUUGGUGGGAGUUAGGCGAUUUUUCCGGUAGUUUAUUAUGGCUGGUUUACCUAAAGACCCAAUUCUUGGAAUUCACGAAAUAAAUUCAGAAAAUGAUACUACUACUAAAUUACAAGAAGACAGAAAAUUAGAGGAUAGAGAAAAAGAAAUGGCUCCUGCUACUGGUAAUUCAAUUCACAGGUCAAGUUCAAGACCACAACUUGAUGUUAGUGGUGCUGCUAUUCAAGGGAAUACUGAGGAAAGAGACCCAACUAUUUUGCUCCCUAAUCAAUCUGAUGAUAUUUCUCAUUUGGCUUUGGAUAUUGGAGGAUCCCUCAUCAAGCUUGUCUAUUUUUCAAGACAUGAGGAUAAGUCUGUUGAAGAUAAGCGAAAGAGGUCAUUGAAGCAAAGAUUUGGUAUUUCCAAUGGUACGUGGAGAAGCUAUCCAGUACUUGGUGGCAGACUCCAUUUUGUUAAGUUUGAAACUACCAAGAUAAAUGAUUGUUUGGACUUCAUCAAGUCAAAGCAACUACAUUGUGGAGGGAUGGUGGCUCGUUGGCCUUCUGAUGCAUUGUCAAAUGAAAAUGUCGUAGUCAAGGCCACAGGAGGUGGAGCGUACAAAUUUGCAGAUCUUUUUAAAGAAAGACUUGGUGUUAGUCUUGACAAGGAGGAUGAAAUGAAUUGUCUUGUAGCUGGUGCGAAUUUUUUGCUCAAGGCUAUUCGUCAUGAGGCUUUCACACAUAUAGAGGGUCAGAAAGAAUUUGUGCAGAUUGAUCAAAAUGAUCUAUUCCCUUACCUCCUUGUAAACAUUGGAUCUGGUGUUAGUAUGAUAAAGGUUGAUGGGGAUGGGAAGUUUGAGCGCGUAAGUGGUACUAAUGUUGGAGGUGGUACAUAUUGGGGUCUAGGAAAGCUCUUGACCAAGUGCAAGAGCUUUGAUGAACUUUUAGAGUUGAGCCAACGUGGAGAUAAUAGAACCAUAGACUUGCUUGUUGGAGAUAUUUAUGGCGGUCUGGAUUAUUCCAAGAUUGGUCUAUCUGCAUCAACCAUUGCUUCUAGUUUUGGCAAGACCAUUUCUGAAAACAAGGAGCUUGAAAAUUAUAGACCUGAAGAUAUUUCCCUUUCACUCCUUCGAAUGAUUUCAUACAACAUUGGACAGAUAGCCUAUUUAAAUGCUCUCCGUUUUGGCCUUAAAACCAUAUUCUUUGGAGGAUUUUUUAUCAGAGGCCAUGCCUACACAAUGGACACCAUCUCUUUUGCUGUGCAAUUCUGGUCCAAAGGGGAAGCCAGAGCGAUGUUUUUGCGGCAUGAAGGCUUUCUUGGAGCUUUGGGUGCAUUUAUGAGUUAUGAAAAACAUGGUCUUGACGAUGUGAUGGUCCAUCAAAUGGUGGAACGGUUCCCUAUGGGUGCACCAUAUGUCGGGGGAAAGAUACAUGGCCCACCUUUGGGAGAUCUUAAUGAGAAGAUAUCAUGGAUGGAAAAAUUUGUACAAAAAGGAAUGAAAAUAAUUGCUCCUGUUCCGAUGACCUCUCCUGCAACAACUGGACUUGGGGGCUUUGAUGUCCCUUUAUCAAGAGGAGAUACUUUGCGUUCUGAUGCAAGCAGCUUAAAUGUUGGGGUUUUGCACCUCGUUCCUACUCUGGAGGUGUUUCCUUUGCUGGCUGACCCAAAAACAUAUGAACCUAACACUAUUGAUUUAUCAGACCCUGGUGAGCUAGAGUAUUGGCUUACUGUGUUGUCUGAACAUUUGCCUGAUCUUGUGGACAAGGCUGUGGCUAGUGAAGGAGGAACUGAUGAUGCUAAAAGGAGGGGUGAUGCUUUUGCUCGUGCAUUUUCUGCGCACUUGGCCAGGUUGAUGGAAGAGCCUGCUGCUUAUGGGAAGUUAGGGCUGGCCAAUCUACUGGAACUAAGGGAGGAGUGCUUGAGGGAAUUUCAGUUUACUGAUGCAUAUAGAAGCAUAAAACAAAGAGAAAAUGAGGCUUCCCUUGCUGUUUUACCUGACCUUCUAAUGGAGCUUGAUAGCAUGACCGAGGAGGCUAGAUUGUUUACUUUGAUUGAGGGUGUGCUAGCAGCAAACAUUUUUGACUGGGGAUCCCGUGCUUGUGUGGAGCUUUAUCACAAAGGGACAAUUAUUGAGAUUUACAGGAUGAGUCGCAAAAAGAUGCAAAGACCAUGGCGGGUGGAUGAUUAUGACAUAUUUAAGGAGAAAAUGCUUGGAUCUGAUGGCAAGAAGCCAUCAGCACAUAAACGAGCGUUGCUUUUUGUGGAUAAUUCAGGUGCUGACGUUGUAUUAGGAAUGCUUCCACUUGCUAGAGAGCUUCUUCGGUGUGGAACUGAGGUUGUUCUCGUAGCAAACUCGCUUCCCGCAUUGAACGAUGUUACUGCAAUGGAGCUUCCUGACAUUGUUGCAGAGGCAGCAAAGAACUGUGAUAUCCUGCGAAGAGCAGCUGAAGCUGGUGGUCUUCUUGUGGACGCAAUGAUAAAUAUCCAAGACAGUUCAAAAGAAGAAUGUCCUUCAGUGCCACUCAUGGUUGUUGAGAAUGGAUGCGGUAGUCCGUGUAUUGACUUACGGCAAGUCAGCUCUGAGUUAGCAGCGGCUGCUAAAGAUGCCGAUUUGAUAAUAUUGGAAGGCAUGGGUAGAGCAAUUCAUACCAAUUUCAAUGCAAAGUUUAAAUGUGAUGUUUUAAAGCUGGCAAUGGUGAAGAACCAGAGAUUAGCAGAGAAGUUGCUUAAUGGAAACAUAUACGACUGUGUCUGCAGAUUUGAGCCAUCAAACUAAGAGUUUUGUUAAAAUGAAAUUCAUUUACAAAUAAUUAAUAACAGAGUUUCAAUAUAUUCUAUGUACAGAAUACAGAUGGUUUGAUUUCAUGUAAUGUAAUGCAGAACUUCUUUCAAAUAGUUUCAAGUUUGGAUGUUGGAUUUCUAUUUGGUUUGAUUUCAUGUAAUGUAAUACCAAAGACCAAAAAAUGUUAUCCGAAUGUGUCAUUUUGGGAACAACUGCAAAUAGUUACAAAUUAGGAUUCCUGUAUUUAGUCUUAAGAUAUUUCACUACACAACAACAAGGGCGUUU